AAAAUUAUUGAAUCAAGUGGCAACCUCGUAGGCCAUGUGCUCGCGUGUAUUUAAAUUGUCGGCUAAUAAUUUUAAUUAAAUUAAAUAAACCUAUAUUUGACUGAAAUAAAUCACAAUGGGCACGAAAAAGGUAAAAAUCAGUUCGGUGAAGCGUGCCGCACACUUGAAGUCAAAGAAAACACCGUUGAGCAAACAACAACAACAAAAAAUCAAACAGAAACGCGAACAGCUAAGUUCAAAACGUGAGAAGGGCCAAAAUAUCUUCUCACAAAAAGCCCACAAACGUGACAAUCUAGCUCAGCGCAAAAAAUUCAAUAAACAAGCAUCGCUAGGCCUAUUCCGGGGAACAGACGCUGAUGAGGAUGACGAUGAAGGCGACGCCGGUGGUGACAUGCUGCUGGAUAACGUGGCGGACAUGUUGGACGGCGAUGACUUGGACCUGCUGCAGGCAAACAAACGUAAGCGGAAGGCGAAGACAGCGCCCGUCGAGGAUCAGCAGCAGUCAGUGGGUCUUGAAAUGGCCUAUGCUACGGCUACCAAAAAGGAGCAGGCAGCGCAAAAAAUUAAAGUCAACUUGUUGCCUAUUAAAUCACGCGAUGGCGAGAUCAUAACAAGAACUACUGAAGUGGAUUAUAUUCCCAAACCAAAACGAAAGGCGAUUGAGCAAGAAGACGAAGCUGAAGAAGAUGAUGAUAAUUCUGCCGAUGAGGACAGUGAGGAGGCUUAUGAAGAUAGUGACGACGAUGUGGUCAAUGAUGCAGCGCCUGUGCCGAAGCAGAAACUGAUAUCAACGACAGAUUUGUUAAUAGCGCGCCAGCAGGAAAUCGAGCGUCAAAAGUAUCGCAUUGGAAUCAUCUGUUCGGGCAUCCUAGAGAAGCCAGAAGAUAAAAUGCGUAAUUUUAAUGCGCUCUACGAGCUAAUGGACGAGAUGAAUCGAAGCACUGGUGUUCCCAAUUUGCUGGCAGUUCGCAAGCUGGCAAUUGUUUCAGUCACCGAAAUAUUCAAGGAUAUUCUGCCCGAGUAUCGUGUGGGUCAAGUGGAUACUAAGAUGCAAACCGUUCGAAAAGCCACAUUGGAUCGUGUCACCUUUGAAAAUACGCUGCUGCAGCAGUUCAAGAAGUUCCUGCAGAAGCUGGAGCAUCUGACGGCCCAGGUCAAUAAGCGAGGUGGCCACAAGACACCGCAAUCUGUAAAAAUGGCCACCGUGGCGGUGCAGUGCAUGUGCGAUUUACUGAUUGCGCAUCCCUACUUCAACUAUGUACAGAACAUUGCCCAGCUCCUGGUCUACAUGCUGAACUGCAACUAUGGAGCAAUGCGAGUGGCUGUUAAUCAAUGCUUCCGAUCGCUGUUCAGUAGUGACAAGCGUCUGGACAUGACGUUGUUUGUGGUGCGGCGUAUCAAUCAUCUGAUUAAGACCAAGCAGAACAACGUGCAUGUGGAGUGCAUUACAUGUCUUAUGGGCCUGAAGAUCAAGCAUGUUAAUCUGGAUGCCGAAAAGGAGAAUGAACUGAAGCAAAAGAAACUGGAAUCGCAUCGGCAACGGCUUCUCAGCUUAUCCAAGAAGGAGCGCAAGCGACGAAAGAAACUUACCGAGGUCAACAAGGAGCUGGAAGAGACGCGUGCAGAGGAGAACAAGCAGACCAAGCAUCAUAAGCUCACGGAAAUCAUCAAAAUGGUGUUCACCAUUUAUUUCCGUGUUCUGAAAAAUGAUCCCACAUCACGUGUGCUCAGUGCCAUACUGGAAGGCCUUGCAGAAUUUGCCCAUGUGAUCAAUUUGGAGUUCUUUUCCGAUCUCAUCGAUGUGCUGAAUCGCAUUCUAGAGGAGCAGGAGUUGGGCUAUCGUGAGCAGCUGCACUGCAUCCAGACCAUCUUUGUUAUAUUGUCUGGGCAAGGCGAGGUUUUGAAUAUAGAUCCCAUACGAUUCUAUCAGCAUUUCUAUCGCAACAUGCUGGUGGUGCAAGCGGGAAAGAAUCACGAUGACUUUGCCAUAAUAUUGCGCACCCUGGAUGAGGUGCUGGUCAAACGGAGGCGCAACAUGAGCCAACAACGCCUGAUGGCAUUUGUAAAGCGACUUCUAACUGGCAGCCUGCAUCUGCUGCACAACGGCACAUUGGCCACCUUGGGCACUAUUAAGCAGACAUUCCAGUUGACGUCUGUGCUGGAUGCGUUGCUCGACACGGAUACGACCAUUGGCUCCGGCCGCUAUGAUCCUGAACUGGAUGAUCCUGAGUACUGCAAUGCGGCCAGCACAGCGCUCUAUGAGCUCUCACUCUUGGGACGUCAUUAUCAUCCCACGGUGCGUCGAAUGGCAGCGCACAUUGCCAACGGAGUGCCAGCGUCAGGUGAAGGCGCUCUGCCCACAGACAUUGGCAAACUGAAUGCCCAUGACCUCUUUUCGCAGUACGACAGCACGCAAAUGGCAUUCAAUCCGGCUAUUCCUCUGCCCAAGCAGGGUGAACCCAAGCUGAAGAAAGGAAAACAAUUGUUUAUUCGAUCAGAUUUUAAACAUGAAUACGGUAAACUGCUUAAGGAUUCUAAAAUGACACGGACCAGUUCGAAGAAUGCACUACAAUUUGAUUUUCUAAGCGAGCUCAAUAAACUGAAAGAAUGAAUGAAUUUCAAAGAGAAUGCAACUGGAAGUUAUUCAUUAAACUUUUUGCAGCAUUACCAAGUUUAUGGAAGUAAUUUUUGAAUGAUAAUGAUUGGAGCUGUUUUUGUGAAUUUAUGGCCCAAAGCUAAAACAUUUCACUUGUGUACUUGUAAAUCAAAGAAUAGACGUUUUUUUUAAGCAAA